AUGGCGCCUAACGUGCCGCGACAGUCUGUCUACUUCAAUCCACACGCUAGCGCGAGUCAGCUGCAGAAUAUUCACGCCUGCACUGGUAAAAUUCGAUCAGCUUGUGCAACACUCAGUGCAACGAAUGCCUCCAUGGACAUCCACACAGGUGACUUUCGUCGUCUCCACCAGGUCCUGUUGAAUCAGCGUCAUUUCGACCUUGUUUCGGAGCGUGAUGUGCGUCAGGCGCGGGAGCAUGUCGCGGCCGAAAUCGCGCCGUUUCUUCGUGAACUCAUUAUGCGUGCUGAGGAAGUCUUGGCCCGCGAUGAGCGUGAAGCUCGUGCAUUACGCAGCAAAGCGACUCAAGAGCUUUCCAAAAACGAAUCAAAGUCACAAUUGCAUACCGCGGGGUCAGAUGACGAACUCAAAUCGCCUUCGAUGGCAGCACUGGUAGCAGACUAUGAACUUGACGAGCAGCGGCGCGAACUGGAGCUGCUCCGGAAGGAGCGAUUACGUCUCAUGGAACGUGUACAGUCACUAUAG